CACGCAGGCCUCUUCACGCCGCCCUCUCUGGUGACUUUUUCGUCGCAAUGAGCCCUUCUAUCUCUACAAGAACACUGGACCAUAUCGUUCAUAUGACUUCUCCAGGGUCUGUGGAAGAGACUGCUGAACAGUUUAGGAAAUUGGGUUUCAAUGUUCUUCCAGGUGGAAGGCAUGCCGAUGGACUGACGGAGAAUGCACUGAUUGUACUGCAAGACGGCGUGUACUUGGAACUGAUCUCAUUUGUCCUUCCGUUCUCUUCAUAUCCUCGAGAUUCUCCGGAACGUCAGAAACGCGCGGGUCAUAGAUGGGCGAAGAUGCCUAACGGCUGGAUUGACUACGCUUUUCUAGGGAACGGUUCCAAAGAGGAAGGCAGUCGAAUUUCUGACAUCAUUAACAAUCGAGCAAGAGCAGACGGGAGCCAUGAUUUAUAUUCUUCUGAGCACGAAGGUGGAAGAGAGAGGCCCGAUGGGAAGGUGCUGAAGUGGUUAAUAAGCUCCUCGUUACAAAAAAAACAUGGCAUACUACCGUUCUUUUGCGGGGAUGUUACCGACAGAACCUUACGAGUGCCCGUCGAACCGCCGUCAAAUUUGGAACAUCCGUGCUCAGCAGUUGGAAUCGCUCAUGUCCAUGUUACUUGCAGUUCAUCGGAUGUCGACACUCUAGUCAAGGAAUUCACCUACGUCAUUGGGGAUGCCCCGAAGAAGUCAAAUGCAUCCCGAUUUGAAUGGGAGCUGGACACUUCGACGCCCUCACGUCCUAGCCACUUGAUAGUUGAUGCAGCCGACAUUGGCAGUUCUGGUCUCUCAAUCUCGGAGUUGGGUAUCUAUGUAGAACGAGUUCCUGAUGAGGAUUCAACUACCACGCCAUUUGGUAGGAUAUUCUGGGUGAAGGCAUAGAUCUUCAGCACCAAAAAGUCGCAGUUGAUUCAUCCAUUGUGCCACAAUUUUCACGAUAAAGAAAAGGGUAUCUGAUGGGUAUUUUGAACAAGGGAAAUGUACAGUGAGUCUGUAAAGUAAAUACAACUGAAUUUUUAGUAAAACGCAGCUACAAGUUACCUAUAAACAAUCCGCGAAGAAAAC